AUGGGAAUCCGUUAUAAAUUGGCAGUUGGUCUGGACAAGGGUCACAAGGUUGACAGACUCGAGGGUGGAAGAAAGCAGAGGCCUACCCGCAGAAAGGGGACUGCAACCAAGCAUGCCAAAUUUGUGAGAGAUCUUGUCCGUGAGAUUGCUGGCUUCUCUCCCUAUAAGAAAAGAAGCCAAGAGUUAUUAAAAAUCCAGAAGGAUAAGCGUGCUCUGAAGUUCUGCAAAAAGAGGUUGGGCACCCACAUCCGAGGCAAAAAGAAGAGGGAAGAAAUGCAAGUGCUGUUGCAGAAGAUUAGGAAGGCACAGCAGGCCAGGCAGCACCAGCAACACCAACAGCACCAGCAACACCAGCAACACCAACAGCAGCAACACCAACAGCACCAGCAACAGUUUGAGUUUGAUUUCAACAAUAAAACAUGUGAACUGUUCGAAAAAAAAAUGAUGUAA